UAGGCGGUGCCAACUGUGGUGAUAUUGCAAUGCCCACGCGUUCGGGGCGAAUGGCAAACUGCUGAUUGCUUUUUGUGCGAGGCGCCAAUCUUUUGACGAAAUUCCCGAAUCUCAAGCAAAACAUAGAAUUUAAAAACAAAACUCAAAAACAUUGACUUUAGAGCUGUCAAAUGGAUAAGCUAACAAAUGCCCCGGCGGCGCAGGAGGAGGAGGAGGAGGGUCCGCUCAGCGUGGCCAAAUUAAUGGGCGGCAGCAUUACGGCCAAGGACAUCAAACUGCUGCAACAGGCCAGUCUCCAUACCGUGGAAGCCGUGGCCAAUGCCACCAAGAAGCAACUGAUGGCCAUUCCCGGUUUGGGUGGCGGCAAGGUGGAGCAGAUCAUCACGGAGGCCAAUAAACUGGUGCCGCUGGGCUUCCUCAGCGCCCGGACCUUUCAUCAGAUGCGAGCGGAUGUGGUGCAGCUGAGCACGGGCUCCAAGGAGCUGGACAAGCUGCUGGGCGGCGGCAUUGAGACCGGUUCCAUCACCGAGAUCUUCGGCGAGUUUCGGUGCGGCAAGACGCAGAUUUGCCACACGCUGGCGGUCACCUGCCAACUGCCCAUCAGCCAGAAGGGCGGCGAGGGCAAGUGCCUGUACAUCGACACGGAGAACACAUUUCGGCCGGAAAGAUUAUCGGCCAUCGCGCAGAGAUUCAAGCUCAACGAGGCCGAGGUGCUGGACAAUGUGGCCUGCUCGAGGGCCUACAACUCGGACCAGCAGACGCGGCUCAUCCAAAUGGCAGCGGGCAUGCUCUUUGAGUCGCGUUACGCCGUUGUCAUUGUGGACAGUGCCAUGGCUCUCUAUCGUUCGGAUUACAUUGGACGCGGUGAGCUGGCCGCCCGGCAAAACCAUCUGGGCCUCUUCCUGCGCAUGCUCCAGCGGCUGGCCGAUGAGUUCGGCGUGGCGGUGGUCAUUACCAACCAGGUGACCGCCUCGCUGGACGGCGGACCCGGCAUGUUUGCCGGCGAUGCCAAGAAGCCCAUCGGGGGCCACAUCAUGGCCCACUCCUCCACCACGCGGCUGUAUCUGCGAAAGGGCAAGGGCGAGACGCGCAUCUGCAAGAUAUACGAUUCACCCUGUCUGCCGGAAUCAGAGGCCAUGUUCGCCAUUCUGCCGGAUGGCAUUGGAGAUGUCAAGGAGGGCAACUGAUUUUGAAUGCUUCACUUACUUUAGAUUACACCAAUUUAAGCUUCUUUACUAAUAAUAAACUAUUCUUUUUUAUGUUUACUA